CACAUAAACGAAUGACUUACCCAAUGAAAACCCCGUACGUGUCUAAUAUGAUUUUCCAAAAUCAUUUUAGAUUCAACGGUCACGAUUGACUCAGAUCUUGCAACUUCGCUACAUAAACCCUUUCUGGGAGAAGUAGGGUUUUAAGUUUUAACGGACGCGAGAAAUCACAGAGGAAGCGAAGUCAGUGUAGAGAUAUCUAAUUGCGAUGGCUUUUUUGAGUAAAUUCGGGAACAUAUUGAAGCAGACCACAAACAAGCAACUCAAUGCUCAGGUUUCUUUAUCAAGCCCUUCGCUUUUUCAAGCAAUAAGGUGUAUGUCAUCUUCUAAGCUCUUUAUUGGAGGUAUGGCUUAUAGCAUGGAUGAGGAUAGCUUAAGAGAAGCUUUCACCAAAUACGGUGAAGUUGUCGAUACUAGAGUUAUUUUGGAUCGUGAAACUGGUAGGUCAAGGGGAUUUGGAUUUGUUACAUUCACCUCUUCAGAAGCGGCAUCUAGUGCUAUCCAGGCUUUGGAUGGCCGGGAUCUCCAUGGCCGGGUUGUUAAAGUAAACUAUGCAAAUGAUAGAACAAGUGGUGGUGGUUUUGGAGGUGGUGGCUAUGGAGGCGGUGGUGGUGGUUAUGGUGGUAGUGGUGGCUACGGAGGAGGUGCUGGUGGCUACGGAGGAAGUGGUGGCUAUGGAGGCGGUGCUGGUGGCUACGGAGGUAAUUCUGGUGGUGGCUACGGAGGUAAUGCUGCUGGUGGAUAUGGAGGCAGUGGUGCUGGUGGCUAUGGAGGCGAUGCUACUGGUCACGGAGGUGCUGGUGGAGGUUAUGGUUCAAGCGGUGGCUUUGGAUCUAGCGGCAACACUUAUGGGGAGGGUUCAAGUGCAAGCGCAGGUGCUGUUGGUGACUAUAAUGGAAGUAGUGGUUAUGGUAGCGCCAAUACUUAUGGUAGCAGCAAUGGUGGAUUCGCUGGAGACAGCCAGUUUGGAGGAAGCCCUGUUGGCAACAGCUCUCAGUUCGGUGGUGACAAUACCCAGUUUACUGCUGGUGGCCAAUUUGGCGGUGAGGAUCAAUUUGGAAGCAUGGAGAAAAGUGAAACGAAGAUGGAAGAUGGACCAAUAGGUGGAGAAUUCGAAGAUGUUGCCAAAAGAGCUUGAAGGAACUAGCAAAAAAUGUUGUCAAGACUGUCUUUUCAUAUUAAAUCCUAUGAUUAGUAGUAGCUAGCUAUUCUACAUUGCUUCCUGAAUUAAACACUUUAUCAAGAAACAAUCUGCUUUUGCUAUCUUUGAAAAUAAUUUGUAGCUUGAAAUUGUUUUGUAAGGUAUAAUUUGAACUUUAACCAAAAAAGUGAGCUCUGUAUCAACUUUGCUUGUGGCCUACACACUAACCAGACCUUAAGAAUUCCAUCCACGCAAAACUCUAAUGCUGCCUAAUGUUACAGAUUAUGUUCAGUUUCUUCCAUGAGAAAUAGCAUCUUCUGUGCAUUCAACACAACAGGAGACCCUUGUUUUGUUUUCUCAACAAUCUGCUUU